GAUGAUGAAACCUCUGCUGAAUCUGGCCUAGUCUCGUGUCCAUCAUCCUCUUUGUCUUUAUUAUCCACAGCUCCUCUUUCUUCUUUUUCUUCUUCUUCUUCUUCUUCUUCUUCUCAAUCACUCCUCUUUUCUCUCUCACUCAUUCGCAUUCAUUCCCUUUUUUUACCUUUUCCUUACUUUGCUCACUCGCUCUCUCAUUCUCUCAUUCUCUCAUUCUCUCAUUCUCUUCUCACUAUUGACCUCUAGCCAUCCUCUCCUCUUACACGCAUACAAACAAACAACCCUUCAUAUCUUCACAUACACACAUACAUUCAUCCUUCUUCAUUACAAACAUUAGACAUUAGACAGCACAAUGACUACAAUUAAGACUGGCAUGAAAAUGAAUAGUCCUUUGCCCAAGGACCUCGCUGGUGAAUGCAAACGAGCAGCCAAGAUCCUCAAUGCUUUUGUAGAUCCAAUUGCUGCCAAAGGAGUAGACAACAUUAUUCCACCCGACAUUCUCUCAAAAGCUCAGGGACUCGCUAUUUUUACUGUUAUCAAGGCUGGAUUCCUGUUUUCAGGUCGAGCAGGUUCUGGAAUCGUUGUUGCACGACUCGAGGAUGGUUCUUGGUCAGCUCCUUCAGCCAUCGGAACUGGAGGUAUGGGCUUUGGAGGUCAGAUUGGAGCGGAAAUCACAGACUUUGUCGUCGUCCUCAACACCAAGCAGGCUGUAAAGUCUUUUGCCGCAGGAGGCAACGUUACACUUGGAGGAAAUCUUUCAGUCGCUGCUGGCCCGAUCGGAAGAACUGCAGAGGCCGCUGCAUCCGCAAGUGUGAAGAGCGUUGCUGCCAUCUAUUCUUACAGUAAAUCAAAGGGACUUUUUGCAGGUGUUUCAAUUGAAGGAUCAGUGAUUGUAGAAAGAAAGGAUGCAAACGAGACAUUCUAUCGUCAAAAAGUAUCGGCGGCAGAACUUCUGUCGGGCGCAAUCACACCACCACCACAGGCAGAUAUUCUUUACAGAGCUCUCAACACAAAGGCCUCAGGGGGUCAUUUAACCAGCCUUCACCGUGGAGGAUCAUCUCUCACCGAGAUCGGCUCAGAUUCAUCAGGCGUUACACGCAGUGCCAGUCUAUCCGUUGGUAGCAAUCGUUAUCAGUCCAACCUCGGCCGCUCAGCUUCAAGUGCUGCUAACUAUGACAAGGCACGAGAAGCAGAAGGCGAUCAGCUUCCCCAUUACACUCCCACAGCAGCAUCAGCACGCAAGCCUGUGAUGGGACUAGGCGCUGGACGGGUCUCAACUGAUAACAGCUAUGGACAUCAGCCCUAUGGUUCCAACCAGAGCAUUGCCAACUCGACAGGACCCAGGGUACCGCCCAGGAUUGGAGCCAAGCCCGAGAUUGUGACAGCGCUGUAUGACUUUGCAGGCGAGCAGCCUACGGAUUUAUCAUUCAAGAAGGGUGAUAUCAUUACAGUCAUCAAGAAGACUGAAAGUCGUAAUGACUGGUGGACAGGCAAGAUCCAUGGACGUGAAGGUUCAUUCCCUGCUAAUUACACACAAUAAAAAGGAACGCCAUUGGUAUAUUAUAUACAAUCAUUGUGCGACAAGUCAUAUAUAUAAAUAAUAUAUAAUAAUAAUCACAACCAUGACAUGAUAACAAUAAAAUAAAGCAUUAUAUAUAUACUCU